GCUGGAUAUACCGGGGCAUCUGUUCUCCUGAGAAUCCGGCUCCGCUCGGCGCCAUGGAGCGCGCCUGAUCCCGGCACGAAGCCCGGGAGAGCUCAGCCCCCCUUCUCGUCUCAGCAUCUCAGAUCUGAUCUGUGUGGAUAUCCGGAGGCCCGACCAUGUCUGCGAGAGGGAAGGGGACCCUGACCAAAGACAGCGUCAGCCUGCUGCCCUGCUUCUACUUCGUGGAGCUGCCGAUCCUGGUGUCGUCCGUCGUCAGUCUCUACUUCCUGGAGUGGACGGACGUGUUCAAGCCGGUGAAGUCGGGCUUCACCUGCCACGACCGCAGUCUGAGUCUGCCCUACAUUGACCCCAACCACGAGGUCAUCCCCCUGCUGAUGCUGCUCAGUCUGGCCUUCGCCGGACCCGCCAUCACGAUCAUGAUCGGAGAGGCCAUCCUGUUCUGCUGCGUGUCCCGGGGGAAGAGUGGCGCCGGGGCGGAGGCCAACAUCAACGCCGCCGGCUGCAACUUCAACUCCUUCAUACGCCGAGCCGUCCGCUUUGUCGGCGUCCACGCUUUUGGUCUUUGUGCCACGGCCCUCGUCACGGACAUCCUCCAGCUGAUGACGGGCUACCCGACGCCCUACUUCCUGACCGUGUGCAAACCCAACUACACCACGCUGAACGUCAGCUGUGAGCAGAACCCCUACGUCUUGGAGGACAUCUGCUCGGGGGCCGACCCGGCGGCCAUCAACCAGGGCAGAAAAUCCUUCCCGUCGCAGCACGCCACCCUCGCAUCCUUCGCCGCCGUCUAUGUUUCGAUGUACUUCAAUAGCACUCUGACAGACUCAUCCAAGCUGCUCAAGCCCCUGCUGGUCUUCUCCUUCAUCAUCUGUGCCAUCAUCUGCGGUCUGACCAGGAUAAUUCAGUACAAGAACCACGCCAUCGACGUCUACCUGGGCUUCCUGCUUGGAGGAGCUAUAGCUGUCUACCUGGGAUUAUAUGCAGUUGGAAAUUUCCAGCCGAGCGAGGAGGCAAGCAACAGCCCUCCGCCCAUACUGCACCGACCACCGUGUUCUCUGCCCCACAUAAGCCAGGAAGCCGUCCUCCACCACCUCCAGAUGAAAGCCAGCAUGGCCGGGGAGCCCGGAAUACCCACCUCCCACUCUGAGGGCCUCUUGCACCGAAGUCUUCAGCAGCAGAGGCCCGACGACAGCCUGAAGCGCUCCAGUGCAGACGCGGAAGUGAUCUCCCCCCAUCUUACCCAUAGCAAAGAUGCCAUGGUGACGUUUAGCCACACCCUUCCUCGGGUGCACACCCCCCAGGCCAUGGCGGCGUAUGAGGAAGCGGCCAGACGUCAUGCUGCCACGCUCCACCAUGCCUCCAUGGACUCUAGCCGCUCAAAGCAGCUUUUGUCUCAGUGGAAGAGUAAGAACAACAACCACAAAUGCUCCUUGCAGGUCCCAGACUCCUUCUCCUCCUCUGUGGACUCGUCGUCUGGCCAGUCCUCCCAGCAUCCGCACCACCACGGCAGCAUGGAGCUCCGAUCCAACUCUGAGCCACUGGCGAUGGGUCUGAAUGGAGGCUUUGAUAGUCACGCAUACAUGUCCAAACUGGCCACCGGUGCUAGUACGACCCUGCCUAACAACUGUAGUGGCAUCACCGGAGGGGCCAGGAUAGCCAUGCAAUCUAGACCUGGGUCUUCGCAACUGGUCCACAUACCGGAGGAAGCUCAUGAGAACUACAACACCAACUCCCUGAGGACAAUGGGAGGAGGAGGAGGACAUGAAGGGAUGUUAACAGCAAACAGCACAGUUCAGGCUAACUGGCAAAGGGCAGCAGAGAAAACCUGUAGGACUAACGACAAUGGACAGAACACCCAGCCGCGAAUCAUGCAAGUGAUUGCAAUGUCCAAGCAGCAAGGCCUACUGCAGACCCAUUCCAAGAGCUUAGAUGAGAGCAGCAUAGGCUGCAACACCAUUGGGAGUUGCCAGGGCUCUGCUCGCUACAGAGUGCCGAGUGAUCAAGAACCCACUUGCACCACAGGGCCCAGCUCACUGGGAAGCACCACAGGCAGUAUUUCAGGGAGUACCGGAGCUAUCGUCAGAGUGGAGGCCCACCCUGAAAUCAACAGACCGGUGAUCCAAGCCCCAGCCACAGAUGGAAGCGGAACGUGGAGGUGGCGGUCCCUGGACCAUGGCACUGGACCUGGUGGAGGUCCAGUGGCAGGAGGCGGAAGUCUGAAGCAGUCCUAUGAGCUCAACGAUUUAAACAGAGACUCCGAGAGCUCAGACUCGAUACGCGACGGGUCCAUUGACAGAAAGCGUGCCAAUCAUAUUGUUACCACCACUGCCACAGUUAGCACCCAGCCCAUAGUUACUGUUCACACCCAGAACACUGGCCAGUCAGAGCAGAGGGUCCAUCCCCAGGGCCUCUCGACCAUAAGGGUCACUCCAGGGGAUGGUGGUGUUUCUGGAUCUGGAGGAGGAGGCGGAGGAGGAGGAGGAGGAGGAGGUGGAGAGACCGCAUCAGAAACCCUUUCAGUCACCUCCAGUCGGGAGUCCACACUGCAGCGGAAAGGCAAUAAUAUCAUCCUGAUCCCAGAGAGAGCCAACAGCCCCGAUAAUGCCCGGAAUAUUUUCUACAAGGGAACGUCGAUGACUCCUGUUUUCAGGGACUAACCCAUAAAAAUAACUCGAGACUUCUGAGAAGACGUAGCUAAUGAUGCAACACAGGUGAAUUUUCACAGAACCCUUAACGAUAGUCAGUAUUACCUGCCCAUUGUGUUUAUCAUUAAUAACUUCAGAAGAAAAAGGUUUUAUUCAGCAUGGGAUUUUUUGUACAUUUACACUAAAGCACAACCUUUUACGUGUUGUAGAAAUAAUCACUGUGUACCUUUGUGAGUCACUCCCAAGGAAACCUAUUGUAACGUUGAUGCUGUGCCAGUGCUUUGGGGGAGAAGAGAACCUUUUUCUAAACAGUUCUGUACAUUUUGGAUAUUAGUCAUCACAAAAAAGAUAAAAAAGUGAAGUAGCACAGUAACGUAAACUGUAGCAAAUUAACCCAUGAUAAUUGUAUCAUUCCUAUGAAAGCAGUGUUUCCUUCCCCGGGUGCUACACCAGAAAAUACUAUUUACUAUACAGCAUACUAUAUAUAAUUUGAGUAGAUAAAGAAUGAUUUAUUUUACAAAGAGGGAACAACUAUGAUUACGAUUAAUAGGUGACAGAGGUAUGUUUUGUACUUUGUCUCUUUUCUGUACAGAUACCACAUACUCAAUACUGUUUUGAACCAUAAGUGUGCUUAGCAUUCCUUCUGUAGCUAUGAAGUCAAAUAUGCUGUGACUUGCACUGAAAUAUGCGUUUACCGUACCUUGCAUACUGUAAACCCUGACCUUAUCAUUACAUCCUGUACUUACAUUUGGAUGUCCAUACAAGUUUUAUAUCUACAGCACAAAAAAAACGCAAAUCACAGGAAUAUUAUUAUUAGUUACGAUCUAGACUUCAAUAACAGAGUUGUUUUUUUAAACCAUUGCUAAAGCGAUGGCUGGCGGCUCUCGCUGGCUUCCUAUCCAAAGCAAUAGCAGCCGAGGCUCAUGGGUAGUCCCCAUAUUAAUAGCCAUCAAACAAACCAAAUCAACAAAGUUGAAAACAAUUUAAACUGACAGCCAAACGCAAAAUACCCGAGGAUGAGGCUUAAGAAGCAGAAUGCACUGUAAGGCGACGUGCUCACCAUAGUAGCAAAACCAAACAUGUUUUGUUGUAGCCUGCAUUUAUAGGGCGCUACAUGUAGCAUUUUUUUCAACAGGAAUAUACAAUAUUGCUGACAAAUUGUUAUACCUCAAUUGUGAUCGUCGUCAAAUAGAAAACCUAGUCUCAAAGUAAUUUCCCGUUUGUGCCAUAAAGUAACCAGCAGAUUUUCUACAAAAUCUCACCCAGUGUAUCAAACGUCAAGGCCAGUACAGGCUGUCUGAUUUUGUUUAUGGAUAUAGUAGUUGUCGAAAAAAGAAUAUAUUUUACGUGAAUAUACAUACAGCAGAAGAGGGAAUGAUUAAAAUCUGUCGUUUUCAUGUUAUAAUGCAUAUCAUCAAUUUGUAUCUCAGUGGUUAAAUAAGCACCGACUGGAUAUGAAGUCAAUUUGAUACAAAAAAUCCAGGAUUGGCACCUGUGAAAAUAUAAUAAUGCCAGAGUUACUAAAUGAGAACGUUUGCCAAAGCUAGAAUCUUUCGUAGGUAGGAAAAGAAUAUUAAUCAUCAGAUGGAGUUUUCAGUAUUUGUAUAGCAAGCCUGCAUAAUAUUGUACAUGAUUUAUUACAUUUAUUAACAUAUGCAUGGUCACUUUUCUAUAGUGCAUAACCACAGGAUUUCUAUCAUAAAUGUGUGUUUAUUUUGACUGUACAUCGAGUGUUUAAAAGUGUGUAUUUUAUUUACAGAAUGCGAUUCAUAGUGAGAGUUACAUGACAAUCUUUUCUAUCUAAGUACUGUUGCCCUUCAGGUUACAACAGGCUGGUUUUCUUUUCCUUUUUUUUCUUAAAUGGAGCUGCCACUGACUGCAUCAUAUCAAGUGGAAAUGCUUAAAAAAACUAAAAAAAAAACCCCAUAGAAAUAAAAGGAAAGUUAGCUGAGUUUUUGCUCAAAAGCUCUCAAAAAAGAAAAUGUAUUUAUUUUUUAAAAUAACCCAGGUAGAUUGACUAUUUUAAAUACAGAUUUUUGCUUCAUUUAAGUGGCUGUAUUUGGUUUUCACCUGCACCUCAGAAUAAAAUCUUAUACCCACGUUCCUUGCAAAUAGGUAUAGGGGGAUGUGAUGCUGUAAUGGAUGUUUUGGGCGGAAGGAAUAUGUACAGUAAUUGGAACAGUACUAGAUUGUGGCCUACUGACAACAAUUGAGCUCUUUGACAUAGUGAAAUAUAACAUGAGAUUAAUUAUCAUUUAUUGUGUUUUCUUUCGAUGCAAACUUACACAAAUUAACAUGGCUGAGGGCUUUUUUUGCUAAGAUUAACAAAAUUAUGAAUUUGCAGAUUGAAAAAUAAAUAGACAAAUUACAGAAAACGCACAACUGCACAAAAGCACAACAGCUCAUUUUCAGUUCCAUAGUAGGACCAAAUUCUGAGGACAUUUCAUACCAGCCUUUUUCACAGUACACGUAUCAAAGAAAGCUCUAUAUUGCCCUUUACAUACAAUAUAUGAUAUAUGUUAAAAAAAAAAACAGCCUGUAUGACUUUUUUCCCUAAUCAUGACAAAGUUCAACUUGGCCAACGUGGUGUAUAUGGGAGUUAAAAAAUAAGUUUUAUUCCUUAGAUUAAAGCCUUAACAUUGUCCAGAGUCCCUUUCAGAUGAACAGAAUCCCCCACAACACCCACCCAGAGUAACAUAUCUAAUACAAACUGUAUAUUGGAUAUGAAGAAAAAACUCUAUAUAUAAAGAUAUGACAUGAGUAUUUCUAUUGUUUUAAAAUGAUUUGUCUGAUUAAGAGUCCGUCCCCCAGGUCUGUGAAAUCAAAGAGUGUAACACGGCACAUGGAUAGAAAUGUAGAUCCAGUGGGUAAAAACUGUGAAUGGAUGCUCUCUGCAUGUGUAGCCUCUUGUGUUGUCCCUGGAUGAAUAAUAAAUGUUUUUUUUCUGA